AGAAGUGUGAAGGACUGGACUGGAUCCAACUGUUGGUGGAUGGCAUCAGUCGUGUUUUGGGGAUUCGGGAAGAAGGUCGCUCCGUUCCCUGCCUCAGUUGAUCGUGGCAUCUGUGGUCGUCUUCGUCACUGGUGAAUAACACUGGAGUGCGACAGUUUCGGCAUUUCCUGCGAUUCACAAGGACAUCCACGUGUUUAAUCAUUCUCCAGUUCUUCCGAGUGAAGUGAAAGAAAGUUAAACUGAAAAUAUAACCAUAAAAAAGACGUGGAAUCGAUCCACAUCUUCCCAACAGAAAAACUGACAAAUAAAGAGGAAAAAAUCCCACUCAUAAAGGCCCUUUGGAAGUAUCUCCUACCCAAAGGGAAGGAAGUGCCCUUCGGAUCUGUAACUACGUCAGGAGAUAAGAGGACGACAUGGCUCAGUCGAGGUUUUCGCGGUGGAUCUAUUUCGUCCUGGUCGUGACCUGUCAGCUGCUCAAAGGGACCACUUCUUUGGUCAUCGGUACGCCCCCACGCUGUGAUGCCCAGUGCGCCUUCGAGUACAUCCCUGUGUGUGGGAGCGACGGCAGAACAUACCCCAAUGUUUGUUUCUUGUAUGUGGCCUCGUGUCGGGACACCAGCUUAACGUAUCUGCGGCCCGGAUCAUGCAUGCUGCCGGACCCCUGCACGAUCCCGUGCAACAGAAAGUACGAGCCAGUCUGCGGAAAUGACGGGGUCACCUACACCAAUCCCUGCGUCCUCAUGUACGAGUCCUGCAUCAACCCCGGACGCGGUAUAACGAUGGCAUACGAAGGAAGAUGCAGAGGUACAAACUUUGACGGCGGGAACUCGCUGUUCCCACGCCCAGAUCCUGUCCCCAACCCAUUCUCACCUGCCACGCCUAACCGCCCCAGAUGCCCCUUCGGCUGUACCAAGGAGUACCUUCCGGUCUGUGGGAGUGAUGGGAUCACUUACUCCAACGAGUGCACUUUCAAUUCGGUCGCCUGCAAAGACCCCGCCCUCCGGAAGGUCAAGGAGGAUGCUUGCGGACAAGAUUUCGUCAUCCCGUCCAAUCCCCGUUGUCCUCUGAGUUGCAACAAAGUGUACGAUCCUGUCUGCGGCUCCGAUGGCGUCACUUACAUCAACGACUGCCACUUCAGCAAGGCUUCCUGCGCUAAUCCUUCAAUUGACAAAGUUAAAACUGGGGAAUGCUAUCCCUCUCGGACGACUACUACAACAAGACGACCCUUCUUCUCUUCGGGACCGUUCUCCCCGACAUCCUCCUCCUCACCGUUUUCUAAAUUUUCCGAUGCUGUGACAACAGAGGAUAUUGACAUGUCCAACAGGGAGUUCUGUAGGAAGGAUUGUCCUUUUUCAUACGCUCCUAUCUGUGGAACAGAUGGAGUCACCUACACCAAUAAGUGCACCUUUGAUGUGGCUGUCUGUGUCAAUGCUUCUCUCAAGGUUAACUACAAUGGAAGCUGCAACAGAAAUUCUUAGCUUGAUACGGGAAAGGCGACUGUUAUACCUACAACUUCUUGUCAGUUAGUGGUUACAAUUAGGGUAUAAAAGCUACAGGAGUGUCAUGUAAUCGUCAGGCAAGAGAGGCCCACUGUACAUAUAUAUAGGACAUGAUACUUCUGAUUCAGUAUGGGUGACCACGAUAGCUUGAAAGGGAAAGAUUUCGUUUAUAUUAAUAUUUUCAGAGUAUAAAUGAAAUAAUAAAAAAAAACUACUUAUGUAUCAGAACUUCCAUAUUCAUA